UCACGCCUGGAGGAAGUGCGCGCGCGCGCACACACACAUUGUGCAGCCGAAUUCGUGAAGCCCAGAAAAAAAGGUUCCUUGAUCAGGAGUCAGGACACGCAGAUUUUCUGUCUGUCGGAGGACAACAGGUUUCCAUUUUCUUCAAGGAGCUGAACGUCGCUGCCUGACAGUCAUGACUUCUCAGAGCAGCUAUGGCAGCCACCUACUGUUCCAGACCAUGAACGAUGACCUGAACGCAUCGUUGGCCAGUGCAGACGAGCUCGACAAAGAGUUCAGUUCGAUGCUGAAGGAGGCCUCCUCUGGACCCAUAGACACAAAGCGUCGAUCACAGGUUCCGAAGCACAUCUCUCCACCGUCCAGCACGUUCGACACACUGAGCGGGUCGAGUAGCUGGAAUAACAUCAGCUCUACGUCAACGGCAUACCCAGCUACCGCAUCAACCCUCCACCCGAUGGACUCCAUGAUCACCAUGACCAAAAGUGCACCAACUUCCCCAGUGCCCUCCGUCAGCCAGCUUUCCUCACCCAAGAUCAGCCGGGCCAGUUCGCCUUUGAGCCGUGGUGGUUCUGACGGCUACCCGUACCGCCAGCCGAGCCCGAAGGUUUCGCCUCAAAGCCCGAGAAGAAGCUACAACCAGAGUCCCAGCCGUUUGGCGGGCUAUGUGGACAGGAGCCCGUCCCCCAGACGCGCCGCUCCCUCACACCUGCCCGCGCCCUCGCCUGUACACUCACCCAAUCGGCUCAGCCCCUUCGACGGUCGUAGGUCGCCUCGGCCUGACCGGGGCCCCUCGCCUUUGGCUUUUCAUCAUCCCGUGGUUGAAACACUUCCCCGGAAUCUUGCUUUCAGAAAACCGGAUGAGAGUGUGCAAAAGCAAAAGACUCCUGCCAAGUGGAACGAGACGGAUCUAGACAUGUCCUUCGAAACCAAGCCUCACCACACCUAUGACAAGAGCGAGUGGAUCAGACCAACUGUCCCCAACAGUAACUGGAGAGAGUCCAACCUGGAUGGCCCUCCUCCACCCCCCAGUCCCAAAAAGAAUCAAUUCUCUCCACCUGUCCAAUUCCCCAUCAGUUCCCUACCUCGGAACACUCGGGACAUGGCGUCCCCGGCCCAUCAGUACCAGCCGCAACCCAUCAUCUCCCGCAUUUCCAUCCCGCCUGUUGGCACCCAAUCUCGCCAACGCAGGCCUAUCCCACUGUCCGUCAUCAUGCGUCUCCAGAACCCCCAAUGGGGUGCCACGUCCCGCCGAGUCACACAAGGAGACCAAUGGGAGGCUCCUUACCAGGCUGGCGUAUCCAGGAAUUUCUUUUUCAACCAGGCUACUAUGCAGCAGCCACCUGAACUGAGACAACCGGCCGUGUACAGUGAUGCAUUGAACCCGGGUGACAUUGAUGCUGAGUUGUCCCGACUGGACUUGGUUCACCACAUUCCAGUGAUCCACGAGGGUGAGCCUAGCACCCCUCAGGGCCCUCCGCGACCCCUUAGUCCUACCCGGCUACAGCCCGUGGUGGCCCCUGAGGCUCAGAGCCAGGAGAUCCCCGAUAUAGAGGAGGUGCUGCGCCUCCGCUCAGAGAUCCCUCGACCUCUGAAGAGGCGCGGUUCGGCAGACCAGUCGCGGCCCCUAAAAUCGGCGUCGCAGUACGAGCCCAACCAGUACAAGAAGCUCAUCAACAAGCUCUUCCAGCGCAAGGAGCAGCGGCACAAGGGUGAGGGAGGCAGCGAGAGCAGCAGUUCGUCUGAGGGAGAGGACAACAGUGUUGCACUUCCGCGGCCACAGCCUCCUCAGCCCUCCACCCCCCAAGACUACAGAAACUACCAUUCAAUCCUGAGGGCCAGCCGGGAGCGCAAAAGUUCCGGGAGACGAGCCCGCCUGAGCCCGCUGGUGCUAGCGCUGGACGGAGCGCUUGUGGGCGAGCUGGAGACAGUGCAGCGAGCCGUACAGGAGAUGCCGGACCCAAGCCAGCCGAACGACGAGGGUAUUACGGCGCUCCACAAUGCCAUCUGCGGGGGUCAUUACAAAGUGGUGGACUUCCUGGUUCGCAUUGGUGCCAACGUCAGUUCACCAGACAGCCACGGAUGGACUCCGCUGCACUGCGCAGCGUCGUGCAACGACCGGCCACUGUGUGAGUUUCUGGUGAGGAACGGCGCGGCUGUCAUGGCUAUGACAGAGAGCGACGGGGCCACGGCCGCACAGAAAUGCGACCCAUAUGCUGGUGGCUUUGAGGAGUGUGAGAGCUUCCUGAGAGGCGUGGAGGAGGCGAUGGGCUUGGAGAACAGUGGCGUGCUGUAUGCCCUAUGGAGCUACCCGGCUCAGGCUCCCGACGAGCUGACUUUCCGCGAGGGGGACAUGGUUACAAUCCUGCAGAAGCCCGACGGCUCCGACUGGUGGUGGGCCUCCCUCUGCGGCCGUGAGGGCUUUGUGCCCAACAACUACUUUGGGCUUUUCCCCAAGGUUCGGCCAAAAUCUCUCUCCUAGAUGGGAAAAAUGCACUUGGGUCAAGCAGCGCACGUAAUGUAGUGUGAGUGUUUCAUGCGUUUAAUCAGUCAAGGACAGUUGGAGAACGAGUCUCAGUAUUGUUUUUUUUUCCUCGUUGCUGCCAGUUGCUUUGGACACCACAGUGUAUAUACUCACAUACGCUCAUUAUCGAGGAAUGUCGGAUACAGGUGGGCAAACACAGGAAGUGGGCCUCAUGUUCUAUUGUACUUUUUUUUUCUUAACCAACAGCUUCUCUUUAUUUUAUCCUCUUACUCUGUUAAUUUCAAUACUCAUGUCAACAAGGUUCCAUAUUUUUUUAAAUGUCCAAUUGGGAUGUGAAAUAUGUGUCUGCUUAGUCAUCAGCAAAGAAACUACAAAAAAACAAUGUGUCUUCGAGGGGUCGGAAAUGUAUUUGUUUGUGUAUUGUUUGAUAUGGUUGAAGAUGGUUACUUGUAUUAUAAGAAUACUGUAUUGACUGUUGACACUUUAUGGAAUGCUGUUUAACAAGAGUGCAAUGUCCAGUGCAGACCACAAGGCGGCAUCAUGUAAUAGUCAUACUCCAUACCGUGGUCCUCUGUAAUGUGAUUAAUGAAAACUUUUUUUUUUCUUUU